UGAGUCCUCCUCCGAGCAGACACGAUCUUUGGUUGAGCUAGCCGGCUAACUGUUAGCUGAGAGAGACGCCAUUAGUUGGGUGAAAAUCAGGCUUUGGCCACAGGGUGAAACGCGAUCUGUCUCUGGGUUUGGACUCGCUUCCCUCCGAGCUGCGAGUAGAUUCCGGUAGAAGUCGGGUCCGUGUGUGCUGUCGAGCUGUCCCUCUCAUGAUUUUAGCUCCUUUUUUGAAGUCGGAAGCUGAUGUGAGCUGCGCAGGACUUCAUUUCCGACUGGGUUAGCAUUAGCAGCGCUAGCCUUAAAACGCCCGUUUUGCGGAUAAAAGCGGAGGAUUUGUGCGAGUUUUAACUGCCAGCCAUGGCGGCGGCGAACAGCGGCAAGACCUAUUCGUUCAAGGUGGUGCUGCUCGGGGAGGGCUGCGUGGGGAAGACGUCGCUGGUGCUCAGAUACUGCGAGAACAAAUUCAACGACAAACACAUCACAACUCUACAGGCGUCCUUCCUCACAAAGAAGCUGAACAUCACAGGAAAAAGAGUAAACCUCGCCAUAUGGGACACAGCGGGUCAGGAGCGCUUCCACGCCUUAGGUCCCAUCUACUACAGAGACUCCAAUGGAGCCAUACUAGUGUACGACAUAACAGAUGAAGACUCCUUUCAGAAGGUGAAGAACUGGGUGAAAGAGUUGAGGAAAAUGUUGGGGAACGAGAUUUGUUUAUGUAUAGUAGGUAAUAAAAUAGAUUUGGACAAAGACAGACAUGUUUCAGUGGAAGAGGCUGAGAGUUAUGCCGAGUCGGUGGGAGCCAAACACUACCACACAUCAGCCAAGCUAAAUAAAGGCAUCGAGGAACUCUUUCUGGAUCUGUGUAAAAGAAUGAUGGAAACUGCUCAGGCUGAGGAGAGGUUGAAGGGCAACGGAGCCAGCCAAUCAGCAUCAAGUAGGCGGGGUGUACAGAUUGUUGAUGAUGAACCACAGGCCACGCCCGCUGGAGGCUGCUGCUCCUCUGGCUAACACACACACACACAAGCACACACACACCUUCUCUCUGUGCUUGCAGACAUAAUAUCCACACACACAUUUUCCAGUGUCUGUCGGUCCGCUCUACUGUAAUCUGCUGUGUCCAUUCAGCGCCGCCUCUGCUGCUAAGGAGCAUGGGAAAUCAUAUUUAAAUUUGUUUAAUCUGUGUUCCCUUCAAAAUAAAAGUACCUGGAGUCCUUAUGAUUAAAAGGAGUGUGUGUUCAGUGAUUAAAUCACUUUCUUUAAUGAUAAUAACUCCCCAUGUUAGUUUGUCGUUGAUAAACGUCCAUCUGCAGCUGUUUGUGUGUUUGUACUAAACAUUAUUAAUAAAAGACAUGAAAUCAUUCUGAGGACAGAAA